CAAAAGCGUUGCUAACUGACAGUCAACAGCAGCACAACCUGUGAGUAGCGGUGGACUUCGAAGAGACGUCCUCGAGAGUCGAGCCCAAUUUGGUCAUUGAGCACCGUCGAAGGCGCCGCGCUGGGUGGCCCGAGAAUGGCGGACUGCCCUGGGAUCCGCAGAGAGCAGCUUGAGCCCAUGUCCUGGGCCUGCGAAGCGGAUGUGGUCUUUAACCAGCUGCUUAUGCCAUGCGCCCAUGUACAUAAGUGUCUAAAGGCGCGUCUUGCGUCCCGCUGCACUUAGCGCCACCAGCAGUACGCCACAGCCACCGCGUCAGAGGGAGGGCAGACGACUUGUCUCCCGCCGCGAUGUCUCCCUCUGCCGUCGCCGCCCCCGACCUUGCUCCCCCCAAGAUCGAUGAGCCAAAGCCCGAACGCCCCGCCGCGGGGUCGCGCAUGCCCUCGCUCAACCAGCUCGCAGCACGCAUCAACCUGAACAACGGCUCCAACCCCGCCUCUGCAGCCUCGCGCCCCCGCCUCGCCGCUGCACUCCUCCGCACCUCCUCCCAGACGUCGAUGUCCACGCAGGCAUCGACGACCGACUCCGUCACCGUCAAUCCGCCAGGAUCCCGCUCCGUGUCGCCCGCGACCCUGUCGACGUCUCCCCCGGGCAGCUCCUCCUCUACACCCGCGCCCAGCGACGCGGGGUCCGGCGAGCAGCUCACGACGGAGCGGCUCGACAAGCUCAACGACGAGACAGAGUCCGCGCCGAGGAAGCAGAAGAUGCCCGUCGGCUACAAGAACAUCCCCAGCCUCGACGCGAUCACCGCCCGCCUCGCAAAGGCGAGGACGCUCAGCGUCGACGGCACCGCCAAGCCGCCAGACGCGGAGACCAUCGAGGAUCCCAAGACGCCCGGCCUCCGCAUCCAGGCCCCGGAGCACCCGCUCGAGAACAAGUGGUGCGUGUCCAUUCCGUGCGUUGCGUGCGCGCCCUGACCCCGCAUGCAGGACAAUAUUCCACGACACAAAGUCGAACGCCCCCUUCACGCCCGCCUCCGCCCACCCCGCGCGGCCGCUCCCCAGCGCGAGCGCGGACCCGCUACAGAGCGCGACGCACUUUGCCGCGCCCGAGAAGG